AAGGGCAAUUGCUUUAGCUGGCUGCUGCUGCUUCUCGUUGAAGCUUCUCGAGAAAGGAGAGAAAAGGAGUUGAAAACGAGGAAAAAAAGUAACUUUUGGGAUCUCUUUCGCUCGAGGAAUCCUGUGGCUGAGCUGGCGGCGGUUGAAUCGGCGACCUCCGAUCUCUUUCAUCCCUCUCUCCGGCGAAGUUUCCGGUGGCGGGAACGAGCGAGGUGAUUGCUCGUGACUGGAGCUAAAUUAGUACUGUGAAUAACUGGGAGAUUUAUUAGCAGGAUACAAGGCUUUUUUUGUUCUUUUUAGGAGUAAUUAUUGUUGAAUCUCGGAGUCUUGCUUGCUUCAUAUCAAGGAGAAAAAAGAGUAUCUAACAGAUUGCUAGAGGAAUUAGCAGUUGCAAAUUAUUUCUCUUCCAUGCCGACAUAUAUAUAUUUGGACAACCCUGUUACUAAAUUAAGCUUCUAGGAUCGAGUCCUUCAGAUUUGGAACUGGGCAAUGACUUUGAUGUCAAGAUUUUUGGCUAUGUGCUAUUUCUGGAAGAUAGUCGAUAAUUAACAUUGGAAGCCUCGAGAUGGUAAAUGACCAGUAAAUAGAGCAGUUGUCACUGUUAGCUGUACAUCAGAUAUUAUUUAAUCAGUUGGCAUCAGUUCAUAGGCUUCAUCAGAACCAUCUUUAUACUAGCUUUUCCCAAGAUAUCUGCAACUAAGAUUCUAGCAAUGGCAUCUCAGGCCUCUGGAGGCAUGAUGAGUCAUCUUUUUCCAUCACUUGGACCUGCACUUAUGAUUUCCAUGGGGUAUAUUGAUCUUGGGAAGUGGGUGGCAGCGGUUGAGGGUGGGGCACGUUUUGGCUUUGACCUUGUGUUCGUGGUUAUGCUCUUCAAUUGCUUCGCCAUCUUGUGUCAAUACCUCUCAACUUGUAUUGGUACAGCUACUGGAAAGAAUCUUGCAGAGAUUUGCAGUGAGGAGUAUUGCAGGUUCACAUGCAUGUCACUGGGAGUGCAAGCAGAACUGUCUAUGAUUAUAUCAGAUAUAACCAUGAUUCUGGGAAUAGGGCAUGGGCUUGGUCUUCUUUUUGGGAUGGAUCUAUAUGCAUCUAUCUUCUAUGCCACAAUUGGCAUUGUCUUGCUUCCCUUAUUUCUUGCACUCUUGGACAAUUUCAAGGCAGAAGCACUGUAUAUAGGGAUAGCUGCCUUCGCGCUUCUCUUUUAUGUGCUUGGGGUUUUAAUUAGUCAACCAGAGGUUCCACUUAUGACUAGUGGCAUUUUUCCUAAGUUGAGUGGUGAGAGUGCAUAUUCAUUGAUGGCCCUUCUAGGUGCAAACAUAAUGGUGCACAACUUUUAUAUUCAUUCUUCUAUUGUAAAGCAGAAGAGACAACAAAAUGUUGCUAUUGGUGCCUUAUUUCAUGACCAUUUUUUUGCUAUCCUCUUCAUCUUUACUGGCAUUUUCUUGGCAAAUUACGUGCUGAUGAACUCAGCAGCAGCAGUGCUCGGUAGUACAGAUGUUGCCUUCAGCUUCCCAGAUGUUUCCAUGUUAAUGGACCAGAUAUUUAGAAGUCCAGUUGCACCUCUUGCAUUUUUUCUGGUCCUUUUCUUCUCUAGUCAGAUUACUGCUUUAACUCGGAAUAUUGGUAGACAAGUGAUUUUCCCAUGUUUCUUUGGUAUUAACCUAUCUGAGGUCCAUCAUGCAAUAGUUAAGAUCAUCAUGAUCAUUCCAGCUCUUUACUGUGCCAAGAGUGCUGGUGCUGAAGGGAUAUAUCAAUUGCUAAUUUUAUGUCAGGUUAUUCUGGCGAUGCUGCUUCCGUCUUCAGUGAUUCCCCUUUUUCGUGUGGCAUCAUCAAGAUUUGUCAUGCGUGCUUUCAAAAUUUCUUGGCAUUUGGAAAUCCUCUCUCUGGUUGCAUUCCUUGUGAUGUUUGCGUCUAACAUUUUCUUUGUAAUAGAAAUGUUAUUUGGAAAUAACAGUUGGAUGAUAAAUCUGAUGGGAAGCACAGAGAACAAUCUGAUAAUUUCCUACUCUGUUCUUCUCAUUGCUUGUGCAUCCAUAGCAUUCACAUUACAUCUUGCUGUUACACCACUGAAAUCUGCAAGCAAUAGGCCGGAAGCAGAUAUCUGGACUGGUACUUUGCAAAAAGAUCAGUCAGAGCUGCUUGAAGAUGCAGAAGAUAAUAAUGUCGAUGUGGAUAAAUAUGAUGAAAAUCAGGAGUCUAUUGUAGAAAAUGCCUUCGAGAAGUCUGCGGAGAGUCAAUAUGAGAAAUCAAUGCUGGACUCCAACCCUGAUCUCCCUGAGACAGCUAUCGAUUCUGACCAUGAAUCUCACCAUUCUACUCAGAGUUCCAGUAUAACUGUGGCUUCUAUGCCCCUGAAGAGCGACCAAGAAGAACCAAAGUCUGCAGUUGAAGUUGACUUGUUAGACACUGCAGAUAAGGCAUCUGUUGGAUGCUUGUUGAGUGCCAACAGUUAUGAAAGGAUUGAUUAUAGGGAACCAAGCCUGAAAGAUGAAGGAUCACUGACAUACAUCCCCAAAGAUAGAGAGAGUGAAGGUUUUACUGUGGACGCAGAGGAGUCCUUCAAAGGAUUUCCACUUUCUUCAACUCCUGAGGUCCUUGAAUCUUUCAAUAGUGUCAAGUCAAAAGGUCUGGAUGGUUUGAAUGGUAGUGGGAGCUUGUCAAGGUUGUCAGGGUUGGGACGAGCAGCACGACGCCAAUUAGCUUCCGUUCUAGAUGAGUUCUGGGGUAAUUUAUUUGAUUUUCAUGGGAAACUAACACAAGAAGCAGUGACGAACAGACUGGAUGUCCUUCUUGGAUUGGGAUCAGAUCUAAGACCAGUUGGUUCAGCUGUAAAAUCAGAUGCCAUUGGAACAGAAGCCUCCAAGAAUUUCUUUCCAGAUACUGAUAUGGGAUCCACUUUUCCUACAACCACAAGAGAUUAUGGUUCCCAGAUACAAAUGAAGAAUCAUAAUGUAGACUUACCUUUUGGAGUUCAGAUGGGUUCCUCGUCGUGGUCUCAGAAUAUGCAACCAUUGACUUCACAUGUGCAAAGCUCAUCUAACAACUUGGUUGAUCCUAGUGAAAGGCUUUAUUCUAGUUUGCGGCUGCCACAAUAUUCUGAUAACAAGGAUCAUCAACCGGCUACAAUACAUGGUUAUCAGAUGGCCUCUUAUCUCAGAGAACUUGGUGCAACAAGAGCUCCUUAUUCCUCAACCAUCUCACAAAAUCUGCCACCAACUCCCAACUCUGCAUCUUCUAUGUCAGCUUUAAGGGAUCAAAUUUUGUAUAACCAUGCACAAAAUGAACUUGGUGCAUUGGGAACUUCUAGUUUACAAAAUCCAGUUUUGUCUAGCAUGAACAGAUUACAGACUGCAGCGACUUACUAUGAAUCAUCAUUUGGUGAAGCUAGUGACAGUGUUAAUUCUUCUGCCUAUACAAAGAAAUAUCACAGUUCACCUGACAUUUCGGCUAUUAUUGCUUUAGGAAGAAAUGCAUAUUUGAAUGAAGCAAAAAGAGGUGCUCCAAUUGGCCCUCGCCCAUCCUCAGGUAGGUGGGCAUCCGAUCAAUCGCAAUAUUUGAACCCUGCUUCAAGAGCUGGAGUUCCUUUAGCAUUUGAUCAGCUUUCUCCACCCAAGAUGCAUAGAGAUAUUUUUGGUUUAAAUCCAGACACCAAAUCGCUUUGGUCUAGGCAACCUUUCGAGCAAUUUUUUGGUGUGGCAGGUAAAAGUCAGAUGGGAAGUGAUGGAGCUUUUGGAAGAUCCAGUAUUCCUCCCAAAGAGACCUUUCCUUAUGCAGAAUCCGGUGCCAAGCUGCUUCUAUCUCUAAGGGUUUGCAUCAUGAAGCUGCUGAAAUUGGAGGGCUCAGAGUGGUUAUUUAAACAGAAUGGUGGGUUUGACGAGGAGCUAAUUGAUCAGAUUGCUUCCUCGGAGAAAUACAGAGCAGAUAAAGAAGAUGUAGAUAUCUCUUGCUUCCAGUCAAUUCCUAGUUGUGGAGAUGCGUGUGUAUGGCAAGUGGCCCUAAUUGUAAGCUUUGGUGUGUGGUGCAUUCGCCGUAUUUUAGAAUUAUCGCUUGUAGAGAGUCGGCCAGAGUUAUGGGGAAAAUACACAUACGUUCUAAACCGUCUUCAGGGAAUAAUUGAACCUGCAUUUUCCAAGCCUCGACAACCUCUCCCUCCUUGUUUCUGUGUUGAAAAAGCAACAGAAGCAGCAAGAAAUUUCACUGCAUCUUCACAAAAUGGGUUUCUAAGAUCCACAGAGAAACCCCCAAGUAAACCCUUAACCAGCACAAGCAUGGUCCUUGAAAUCAUCAAAGAUGUAGAGAUUGCAGUUUCAGGACGAAAAGGACGAACUGGCACUGCAGCAGGAGAUGUUGCGUUUCCCAAAGGGAAAGAAAACUUGGCUUCUGUACUCAAAAGAUACAAACGCCGGCUGUCAAAUAAAUCCUCUGGUAGCCAUGAAAGUCCUUCAAGUUCUCGAAGGAUUCCUUCAUCGUCAUCUUCCUCUGUUUUAUAGCUUCGAGAACAAGAAUAUCACUACCCUGAGCUCAUGGGUCAUGGUUUUUAUCGUUUGAAGAACGGUUUAGGGUUCAAGGUUCAUGUCGAUCUUUGUCCCUCUCCAAGUCUCAUUGCUAUGUAUGUUGUAUAAGAUUUACAGGGAAACACUAAGCAGAAAGGAGGCUGAAGGAGAUGCAGAAAGCACUGUUUUUUAGUGGUCUUUCUAAUAUUUUCCCCUUUCUGAUCUUAAUCGACCCUUCACAUUUCAUUUGGAAAGAAAAUGUGUCUUUUGUUUUGUUUUGUUUUGUUAUUUUGCCUGCUGCCUCUGUACAGUAUUAUCUUUGCGAAAUGCAAACCUUUUUUCCCACUCUAUCAGUUAACAGUGCAGACUGUUUUUCA